AUGCGAGCAGGUCCUCGCAACCUACUUUUCUUAUCAUGCCUUGCCCCAGCGCAGGCCUUCUUCAAAGUCCCCUGCAGCAAUCCCCUCGUUGUCGAGCGCGCCGACCCAAUAAUCCAACCUGGAAUCGCAGCUAGCCAUGCCCACACUAUCAUGGGUGGCUCCGGGUUCGGAUUCACCAUGGACUACAACCAGACCCAAGAAGCGCAGUGUAGUUCAUGUGCACCGGUUGCAGAUAAAUCGAACUACUGGAUCCCGACGCUGUACUAUAGAGCGCAGAACGGGACUUUCAAGGCCGUAGAGCAGAACGGGGGCGCUUUGGUUUACUAUCUCCAACGCGAAGACCCAAACAACCCCGACAUCCUCGCACCACCCUCAGACCUACGCAUGGUCGCCGGCGACCCCAUGGACCGGAAAUACAAAGACACCCCCGCCGCCGACGCCCGGAGCUACGCAUGCCUCGACUACACAGGCGAUGCAAAGCCCGAAACAAACGGGUUCCCGAACUACAACUGCCCCGACGGACUGCGCACGCAGGUGUUCUUCCCGUCGUGCUGGGACGGGGUCAACUAUGAUAGCGAUGACCAUAAAUCGCACAUGGCGUACCCGAAUGAGACGUACAAUGCGGGGCCCUGUCCCGAGAGCCAUCCUGUCAAGAUUGUGUCUAUUUUCAUUGAAGUUAUUUGGCAUACUGAGGCUUUCGCGGAGGAUUGGUAUGGCGACGCCCAGCCGUUCGUCUGGUCGAAUGGAGAUCCAACGGGGUAUGGGCUGCAUGGGGAUUUUAUAAACGGCUGGGACGUCCCCGUCCUCCAGGAAGCAAUCGACACAUGCGACGACGAGGGCGGCGACAUCAAAAACUGCGCCGCCCUGUCCUUAUACAACGACACCAUGACCGAAGGGUGUCUGCUUGAGCCCUCCAUCGACGAAAAGCUCACGGGCUGGCUCGACGCCCUCCCGGGCUGUAACCCCGUACAGGACGGCCCGGGCGACGCAAAAUCCCCAAGCGCCUGCAACGCGCCGAAAGCAAUCGACAAGCCGCAGCACUACUAUACGGAUGUGACAGACGAGCUGGGGUGGGCGUGGAUCGGGUGCGCGCGGGACGACGUUAGCGACGGCGAUGGCGAGCGUGUCCUUAGUGAAUCUAGUUCCAGCAGCGAUGAGAUGACCGUGCAGAAGUGUAUCCGCAGCUGCAAGGCCGAUGGGUAUAGCCAUGCGGGGGUGGAAUUCGGGCGCGAGUGCUACUGUGGGAACGGGGUCGAGGCUGCGCGACGGCCGGCGAUCGCGCCGAUGGGGAAGUGUUUGAGCCCGUGCAGCGGUGACUCUGGCCAGAUGUGCGGUGGAGCGGCGUAUGUUGGGCUUUAUCGUGCGUGUGGAAGUGGAAAUGGAAGUGGGAGUGGGACUGAAGCUGGGGAUGGAGCGUGUGAGAAUCUGGAGUACCCCGCGGUUCCCCAGUAG